UUCUCAAGGUAAUGAACAGUCGCCGAUAUUUUGACAUCAUCAUUUACUGUCAUGAUUCCUAUGUUUACUUUAAAGUGUUAAACUGUUAAAUUUUAAUUUUUGUUGGCUAAUGAAGUCAAGAUCCUGAUUAAAGCGUUGUUAUUUAAUUGCUAUAUUGUUUUAAAAGUUACCAAUAUUUGAAUGUUAAUGGAUAAAAGCGUUAUUAUUUUAAGAAGUUAAUAGUAUUUUUAAUUAAGGCAAUCACAACGAUUCUUACGGAUGUCCAAUUUCCAAUUGUUAAGUUGAAGUAAUCUUUAACAAAUGGAACAGGAAAAUGGASCUGAUCAUCUCGGCGAACACUCACAAAAAAAGAAAAUAAUAGUUUCUUACWACAAUAAUCACAAUCAGGUAAUUUCAAAAUCAAUUGAUGAUCAAGAAAUGCAAUUCAAUAUGAUCAAUAGUGAUUUAAUAGUUGAUUCUUCUACAUCUUCUUAUAAUAAUGUUAAUUCAAGAUCAAAUUAUACAUCCAACUCUGAUAUUGAUAAUACCAACCAGAGCAGAGAACAUUCAACAGUCAAAUUGAGUCCAUCAAAAGUUUUGAAAUGUAAUGAUACUUCAGAAAUUGAUUUUGGUACAGAUUCCGACCAAAAAUCAAAUACACAACAGAUUUCUAGGUCUAGUUUAGAGAGUAAUAAUCAGGAGCUUCUUAAAAAUAAAAGUUUAAUCCAAUCUAUGCAAUAUAAAAAUACUAGCUCUGACUUUCUAAAACCAACUGAACAUACUACUCAAUUAUAUAAAAAUUAUAUUCGAUUCAAAUUUUUUUGUUUAAUUUGUGACACUAAAAUGAAAUCAUUAAAAGAUUGGGAGUCACAUGCUAUAAGCACACAUCAUUUAGAAAAAUGUAUGAAAAAAAAUGAUUAUGUUUCAUACGAUUGUGGUGGUUGUAAAAUAUUUUUUUUUGGAAAUAAGGAACAAAUAUUAAAACACUGUAAAGAUAUUCAUAACGAUAUAUCUGGACUACCAUGUGUUUUUAGAUGUAUGAAAGAAGUAUUUUAUCACUGUAUAUUUAUAAGUCCAACAAAUUGGAAAUCUUGGUGGUUUUGCGGUCCCUGUAAAAAUUAUUCAUUUUUAAAAAAGAAAUGUUAUUCUAACAACCACACUUAUAAAAAAACAACUAAUUUUAAAUGCAAUUCAUGUUUAAUAGAUUUUGUAUGUAGCCAAGAAGUAUACAAUAAACAUUUAAUGUCAUGCGAACACAUUAUGUUGGAAUAUUUUAAAUCCAAAAAAGUUGACGAAAACCCUGAAACUCAAACUAUAUGCAAUUUAAAACUGCCUCUUGUAAUUUUAAAUAAAUUUAGUAUUGAUAAUGUACAAGCUACUUGUAAUGAUUGCAAAUUUCAAAUGGUGCCCAAUGAAAUAGCAAUAACUGUGCAUCUAACUGAAUGUAUUAAUAAAUCUGWUGGAGGAAGAAAAAAUACAACCAAAAUCAAAACUUAUUUUUGUGUAAUCUGCAAUGAAAUCAUAUCAAGUUUUAAUCAAUGGAAGUUACAUUUAAUAUUAUCAAGUCAUUUAAUUAAAUGUUAUGAUAUUAAAAAUUUAGUUUCAUAUACAUGUGAACCUUGCGAACUACAUUGUUAUGGUAAUGUAAAUCAUGUGACAGAACAUCAAAAUAUUCAUCCAAACGAUUCUGAAAAAAAUCUUAGUAUGUUUAUGGCUUUUAAUUUCCAUCGUAUCAACAAAGAUUUAAAACCCAAAUAUUUUUAUUACUGUGAAGAAUGUGAAACAUAUGCUGAAGUCAAUUCUAAUUCAGAUCAUUGGAAUAAAAGUCAUAAGACUAAAUUGAAACGUAUAAUCUGUCAACCUUGCCGUACAGAAUUCUUUUGUAUUGAAGAUAAUUUCUUGUUCAAUAAACAUAACUUAUCAAGUGAACACAUUAUUUUAAAAUCUGUAACUGCUAAAAAUCCACUUCCGGAACUUAAUAACCAAUCAUUGAUCAAUCAAAAUCAAAAACCUUGUGUUCCGAAAAGUAUUUUAGAUAAAAACAAAGCUCCAUUCGAUGUUAGACCAUAUUUGCAAUUUUUUCAAAAUUUAAAGAAUGAAAAUAAAACCAUGUGUAAAUCGUGUGAUAGUCUAAUCGAUUUAAAUCACAAUGAUCUGCUUGGUCACUUGUUAGUUUGUAAUCAUGGAUUGGUAAAAAGUAUCCCUCAAUCAAAUUUAAAUUAUUUUCAAUGUCUGGAAUGCGCAUUUUGUUCUAACAACAAGGAUACAUGGAAAAAUCAUGCAAUUACACAUGCAAAGUUAGACACUAAUGUUUGUUAUUCAUAUAUUUGUAAAAAUUGUAACUCUUUAGUGUAUGGUGAAAAGAAAGAUAUUGAAUUACAUUUAAUUACUGAACAUAAGAAAACUAUUAUAAACAUGCCAUUAGAAUCAAUAUUAAUGGCUAAACAGUUGAUUAGCAGAAAUAAUAAUGCCAAUGCUAGCAAAUUGUCUGAUAUUAUGUGCUUUUGUGAGCCAUGUAAUAAAAUAUUUAAGUCAAGUGAAAAUCAUAAUCAUUUUAAUACAGACAGUCAUGCAUUAGCAGCAUCAGAUAUUAUAGAAUUAUUUUACUGCAAGGAUUGUGAAGUUGAAUUCUAUUCUUCAAUUACAGUCUAUGAAUGCCACAAGUUAACUGCAGAGCAUAUAAUUAUGAACUCAAGCUACAUAAAAACUGAAAAUAAGACUCCUAAACCUAUGAAACUUGAUACUCAUUUACUUACCUAUGCUACUGAUCAACAUUUGUACGAUUCAACUCUAAACAUUGCAUUUUUYUGUUUUGUUUGUGAUUACUUGUGUUUAAAGUUAGAUGUAUGGAAAUUUCAUAUUAAUAGUAAAAAGCAUAUAAAUUCUUCCAAAUUUCUUUGUAUGGACCACCGAUGUAAAAUUUGUAAAACGCUUAUGUUUGGACAUCGACAUCACAUGUUUCAACAUUAUAGCAACCGUUUUCAUUCAAUGUUGAGGCAAUUUAAAUCAAUGAAAUCUACUGCAGUUUUAAAGCUAAACUGUGAAACAAAACACACAUGCAACAUGGGAACAACUUCUAAAAAUAAUCAAACUGCAUUGUUUGAUGAGAAUAUAUCAGGAGAUUCUAGUACUAAUAAUAAUGAGGUUAAUUUAUCAACAGAAAUGAUGAAUGAAUUAUCACUUCAAUCAAAUAUUCUGGAAGAAAGUAGUUUAUUAGAAGUAUCUACUUCUAAUAAUGUCAAUGAAUUACAUUCAAUGACAAUAGAUGAAUUUUCUCACAAAUCAAGUUCCCGUCAUGAUGAUAGUGUAGUAAAUGAAUCUAUUGCCGAAAUUUACAAAACUCAAUCAUUGAGAAAAACUAUUGAUGAAUUUUCACUUGAAUCAAAUAUUUGUCAUGAUAAAAUAAUGGAAGAAUCUACUACUAAUUGUAGUAUAAACCUCUUAGAGAAAAAAAUAGAAAAUAAAUCUGUUCUUGAAUCAAACACUAAAAUGUAUAAAGAAUUUUAUAGAUUGAAAAUGAAUGUAUUAUAUGAUAUGCUUAAUCAAAAUCAAGAGAUUAGACCGCAAAUUUCUUAUUAUUGUGCAUCUUGUGAUUUCAUUACUGCAAUAGAAAAACAUUGGGAGGAACAUAAUUUAACAAACCAUUUGAAUGAAGUUGGAGUGCGUUAUAAAGUAUUUUGUGAUAUUUGUAGCUUAUAUCUAGUUGGGCUGCCUAAUUUAGAUAAACAUGUCAAAACUAUUGAACACAAAAAUAUGUUGGAUUUCAAAAAAAUAAUUAAUUCAAAAUAUUUUAAAAUAAAAAAUAAACCUAACAAAAAAAUUGAGAAAAACAGUAAUUUGAUUGCUGCUAAUCCUUCAGAUGUUACUCAGACUUUAAAAACAGACAUACAACAAACAAAUGGUAUUAAAACUGAUGAAAGAGAAGCAAGUAAUCGUAAAAUAAUGAUUGAAAUUAAAGAUGUUAAACCAGAAUAUAAAAAAAAUGGCUGGGUUGAAAUUAAGAAAAUAUUUUCUUUUUAUGGACUUUUUGGAAUUAUUACUAAACACAGCUCUGUUAUAAUCAUUUUUCGUAAAAUAGAUGCCAUGAACAAAAUGUUAAAUGAUAAAGAAAUAUUGGAAAGAAAACAUCAAUUUAAGAUUAAUAUUUUAAUUGAAGAUGACAAAUUACCCGAGUUAAAUAAUACUACUGUAUUUGAGUUUGGAAAUAAGGAAGUACUGCUAAAUUCUAUCAACACACUGAUCAUAGCUAUUAAACAAGAAAUUUCUAGUCCCGAKAUAAUGGAUAGAUUAUUCUUAUUAGUAAACUCAAUACAUAGUUGUGCUGGUAAACAUUUCAAAGGAAGUAAAACAUAUGCUUUUGGAUCACGUAUGUCAGGUCUUGCACUUAAAGAUAGUGACGUGGAUUUAUACUUUGAUAUUGCCGGCACUUUUAGCGGAGAAUUAAGUAAUGAUCUAUAUGCCCAAGAAGAUCUAGUACGUUAUUUUGGAAAAGUAUUUCGGUCUCAAAAUAAUGAAUAUAAACAUAUACAACAAAUAACUGGAGCACGUGUACCCAUAGUCAAAUUUUUACAUGUCCCUUCUGGCUUAUAUUGUGACUUGUCUUUCAAAAGUGGUCUUAGUACACAUAACACAAAAUUAGUCAGAUUAUACUUAGCAUUGGAUGAACGUGUUCACUGGGUUGUUUGUGCAGUUGUUAAACGUUGGGCAUUACAAAAUGAUAUGAAAAAUCAAAGUAUGUUUACCAGUUAUGCUUUAGCAUGGUUGGUCCUCUUUUACUUGAUGACUAUUCAAGUCGUACCUCCAUUAAUAUUUCUUAGAAAACAUGCAGAUUAUUCAAAUGAUCCAUGUAGAUCAGAUGUUAUAUUUAUAGAAGAUUGGGACUGUACUUUCUGCACUCUAGAAAAAGCCAAACAAAUAUGGAAAGUACCAGAGGUCCCAUGUUGGGACUUAUUAUUUGGAUUUUUUAAAUUUUAUUCAGACUCUACCAAACUUCGACAAUUUGUUUUUAGUCCAGCUAUUGGAAAUGCAAUACCUAAAGCCAAUUUUUAUGAUAUUCCAAAGACAAACCCAGAAUUAUUAGGUUUUAACAAAAAAAGAAAAGGUAAACCGACUGACUGGUGUAUACGAUUAAGAGAUAACUUUCACGGUGAUGGUCUUGCAGUACAAGAUCCUUUUGAUCUUUUUCACAAUAUAACAAAAGUUAUAAUACCUAGAAAGUUACAAACCUUCUCUUAUUUAUGCAAUAAAACCAUGGAAGUUAUGAAAAAUGGAGUACAACCUUACUAUGCUUAAAUAUUGUGGGACAAUUUUUUUUUUUAAUCAGAUUCAAAAUAAAUAAUUUUUAAAUGAGAUUUAUUUUGAUAAUUUAAACCUGUUUUAGUUUAUUAAAUAAAUUAAUAUUUAAUGAAAAUGACAUAAAACGUCAAUUACUAGUUAUAUAUAUACUUUUUUGUACUUUUGGUUGUUAGAGUACUAAUAUUAUUUCAGUAAUUUUAACUUCAGCUAUUAUACAAAGUGAUU